UGCAAUGAGCUCUGCUACUAACCGGCCAAACAUUAUCAGCUUGUCAUACAUGACCCGGGGCCGCGACACUCAGCACACGAGGAGAGAUCUAUAGACAACCGGACAGAGAAGAAGCAUGCGGAACCAACACACAACGUCGUACUCACGUUUGAAAGCACCUCUGGGAACAGACUUUGAGGAAGAACGGCGGGUUCUGCUAGCCGAGCAAAAGAUACAUCGAAGGCGCGCGCAAAAAUUAUCAGUGGAGACAAAUCGCCGGAGAAAAGCUUUAGAGGAAAAACGGAGAGAAGAGGAGGAAAAGGAGCAGAAAUUCAGAGAGGAGGUUCUCCAACAAAGAAAGUUAAAGCUUCAGGAAGCAACAGAAAAGUUCCAACGAGCGCAUCUCGCUUCUUCGCAGCGCAGGAGAGAAGCUUAUGAUGCGCAAAGAAAGCCGACCCCGAAGUUAGAAGAUGCGCUUAACCAAAUUCGAGGAACUGUUUCAUCCUCGAUUUAUUACUUACCCAAUAACAGAAGCUUCGAUAACACAAGGAGCGCAGGCACAUCCUCAAGCGUCUUGUCUGUAAAUGGGACUUGGAAUAAAAAGCAACAACCCUCAGCGACGUCGGAAUACGAAAGGGUAUUUCAAGAGUCAAAGAAUCAGUUCGACAGUCAGCAGCUUUACUUCCAGCACAAGCUUGAGGAGGCCCAACGACGUCUAGAAGAGCAGCACCUCAGCAGCCUGCAGAAUUUUCACCAGAAAGUGGAGCAGCUUGCGCAUUCAGAAAGUGUAUUAAGUUUAGAUAGUCUGGAAGAUGAAUUAGAGAAAAAGGAAGAUAUUGAUAUACUGGAAGAAUUUGCGUCUAGAACUCCGUACACAGACCUUUCGGAAACAUCCGGUUAUCCCGUGACCAGGUCUGAAGCGGACACAGCGUUUAUUUAUCAGGAGACUGAAAAUGGUCGAAGUUCUGUUUCGCCCCAUCGGUUUUUACCUGCUCAGCUUCCAACAGCCAAGCAUUCACGUGACGGUGACCAAGAGCAGUCACUUGGCCAUACGGCAAAACAAACGGUGCUGAAUGGCGUUACCGAGGACAAAGGCGGCGAUUCAGAUAAUACGCAGGCCACCUCUACCCCAAAUCCGGACGCUGUCCCGUUGGGACAAAGUACUGCUGAGAACAAAGCGACACAUUCUGAGCCAGGUUAUAAAGAGAGUUCAACUUCUAAGCCAUCCAGAGCCUGGACCACACCUGACCCAACCCCGAGAGAAGCCCGGCCGAGCUCGGUGCCACCGGAAAACAAAGACACAAUACAACACCCCGUGAGUCAGCCCCUGGCAGCCCCGCCAGUCCGUCUGUUUAUAGAAUGGGAACCUUCUGCCAGUAACUGUCAUCAUGGGGUAAGCUCAAAAAAAGAUAGAAAUACAGCACUUUCAUUAGCUGGUAUGGAGACGGUGACGGACACGCACAAUGGAGAACUUUAUGAGUCCAACAAUGGCCGUAUUACUUGCCCAGACGGUAAUAACCAGGAGCUGCUGUUGCGUGAAAAUUCACCUUUAAGGUCCAUUAUUUCCAGUAAGGAUUUUGUUCCAAGUAGGCAAAAUCAUUCCCUUACGAGUAAUGCACUUACUCACCCCGAUCCCGGAUACUCCGCACAGUGCAGAAGGCCUCGGAAUAAUGUUUGCGGAAGGGAAGAAAGCAGCUUGCUGAAAAGCAUCUUAAAGAAAUGCUCCAAGUAUGAGAAUGGAUACAUCCGGGGCGGCGGGGUCAGUAAAGUCUUGCGCUUUGAGGACACCGGUACAGCCGGUCUCAGGGACAGCAUUGAACUCGCCAAACAGAAAGAAAAUAAAAGAACAGGCAAUAAAAAACUUAGAUGGCUAGAUGAGACGGACAAGCCAGUGGGGGGAACAGAUGUUAUAAACAACCAUUUAACUGGGGUACAAAUGGCUUUCACUGAGCGGAUCGACCAUCCAAGGGAUGUCUUAGAACACAAUCUGUUAGACGAGCGAUCAGAACCUUCUGCUGGAACUCCAAAGUCUAUGUUUUCCACUGGUUACCAUUUCACUAAGCAAGCUUGGGUGACCUCCAAAGGAGCAGAAGCCAGCCCUGUAGAUCACAACCAAAACAGCCAAAAUGUACCUAAAGCAAAGACAAAACUAGUGAGGAGACCCAAAUCGGCUAAAAGUCAGUAUGCUGUUAUGCACAGAAACAGAAAAGGGGCAAUUAUCCGACCCCAGUCAGCCACAGAAGCCAGCAGGGUUCUGAAAUAUCAGGGGAAGCUUAUGAUGCCGCGUCCUCCUCCGCCAAGACCAGCGUUGGACACGGUUAAUGGUCAACCAGAUGCCAAGCCUCAGACUGCGAGCCGGGUUAAUGCUUACCCCAGUAACUCCAGCGGUGCCACACCGCCAUCCAACCAAAUGUCCCCGGCAGACACCGCAUCAACGCAGAGUUCAUCCAACUCCAAAGGUAACGUCAUGACCGUCCGGCCUUACAGCGUCUCCGAGACCGCUACCAAACCAGUGCUCACGCCAACCGACGAGCAGUCCAUUGCUCCGCAAGAACCUUCGCUCGCUUCCAAAAAGAGAUAUCCAAUAUACGGAGAGAACGGGCUGCGGCUGGACCACACUCCAACCGAUGAAGAAAUUGCUUUUCUGUGGCAAGGAGUGCGUAGUGCCUUAACUCACAAAAAUACAGGGGAUUUCCGCCCCGGUGACCUGCCGUCUGAUUCAGAGCCUGUGCGGAAUAACCUGUCCCAAGUUCUCAUUGAUGGAGGGAUGCUGCUGACCAACUGGAAACCCCUAUCUAGGAUAAAUGGGGUUUUUACUCCCCCCAACAGCGGUUAUAUUACUCUGGCAAGAAGGAAACAGAUGUCGGACAGCAAUGAAAAUAAACGCAGAGGACUACUGGAGCAGAGAAGAGGCAACAUAAACCCCGCGGGCUUCAGAACCCAGCACAUACAGAACCUGCAUACUCUACAGAUAAGACCAUAUCCGAGCGCUCACGGGCCGGGACAGACACUUUCCACGCCAGCCGCCGGUGAAGUUUCAGAGAGCACAGUGCAGUUUAUGUUGGCGGAGAAUCUGGUGGAGACGUCUGCUUCGGAUAGAGAGAUCCUCACUGCCAUGCAAGCGAUCCAAACCAACAAGCACAAGUCCCUGAACCCAAGUCCCAGCGCGCUCUCUCUGGAAGAGCAGAGGCUUCUUCAGUCGCUGGAUCGUCUCAAUCAAAGACUGCAGAAUGUGCACGAAGUCGUGAAAACCCCAAGCGCUGCAAAUGGAUUUCCACUGAAUUCACCUCUGAAUACUCAGCAAACGUCAUCACAGCCUGCAGAGAACUCGGCAGCGACACAGCGAUUCCGCAGCUUCUCUGCGGACCCUCGCACGCGACUGGCAAGAAGAUACUGACCCCGCAGAAUCAUCUCCAUCCUUAAUAUCUGCCGUUAUGAUAAUAAGUACAAUUUUGUAUAGAACGCCUCCAUGUAGACAUGCAUAAGAUAAUAAUUUAUCGGACGUCGUUGUAUUUUCAUGACCGCAGUUUCAUUUUCAGAAAGGGGUCA